CCAUUGAGGCCGGCUUCAAAAGUGGUGAAACAAAUCGCUCAGUACUGCCAUUGGGAGAAAAAUAUUUCCGAGACCCCGACCUUAAAGUGGAUGUGAAAAUUGUCGUUAGCUACAAAAAGUGAAAAAAUCGAGCUCUGGUGAUAUCAGUGAUAAGUUAGAAAAAUACACAACGUAAAUUUGCAUAAAGCUAAAACUACUAAGUAAAAAUCAAAAGCGAAAAUUAUAAUUUUUAACGAAAUUCUCGUAAACGAAUGACCAAAGAAUUGUGAGAAUAAGCAACAAAUAUAUAAAUAUUUAAUAGCAACCAAAUCGUCUGGCAGACACAUGUAAACCACUGUGACUAAGAACAACGUAACAGAAAAUAACGCACAAAUUAUUGAAUAUUAUAUUUUCUAGAGUUGACCGGGAGGAGAAUAUUCAUUUAAGAUAUACAUAUUUAUAGUCUAUUUUAUAUAUAAAGUGAACAAAGCAGAUACGGAAACAUCACUUCCCUGAAAAGGCAUCUAAUCUUUACAAUAGAUAUUCAUAUAUUCCCCAAGGAACGUAACCGAACAAAUAGAGCACAUUUUCGUCGUCGCUUAUUCAAGGCAUAAAUCUAUAUGAAAACUAAGUAAUAAAACCCCAUAUUUGAAUUUUCCGCUUUUUAACGAAAACAUAUUCAUCAAGUAAUAAUUCAUGUCUAUGCAAUAAUAUUAUAAUCGGAAGAAGUGUAAUAAAAAUUCAACCGUUUCUUUUCUAAAAACAUACAACAAAGAAAAGAUAUUUUCUACACUUAUACAACGCAACGUCUUUACAACAAUACAAAUAUAAAAAUAAUAAUAAUUUUAUUCGUAUAUUUUUUAAAUUGACUUGAUAACUUUUAUAUAUUUUUUGUGAUCUUAAACAAAACAUUUGGACAAGAAUAUCUUGUCGAAGAGGAUAAGAAAAAGAUAGGGAAGGUUACAAACGAAUAAAAACACAAUCGAAAAACGAUAAACCCCAUCCACCGUUCAACAUCAGGUCGCGUAAAGUAACAAUAAAACAAGUGAAUCUGUAAUCGAGCCACAAAUUAAUUCCAUUAGAGUGUAAUUCGAAAGGACAAAGAGAUAAAAAGCAAAACUAUAAGUUUCAUUUGUAUAACAUAAAAUAGUAAAGGACAUAAACGAAAAUGGGCGGAUGCGCAUCAAAGGAGAAAAAAGACAAAGUCGCCGCUGACGCUACGACCGGCGAAAAUGGCAAAGCAGCAGGCGCCGAUGGCGCUACGGCAGACGCUGCUGAAGGAAAUAAAACUAAUACCAUGGUUGACGCUGCUGUUCUACAAAAAUUGGAAGAUGGCUUUGCCAAGCUCCAAGCUUCUGACUCCAAAUCAUUGUUGAAGAAAUACCUCACCAAGGAAGUCUUCGACAGUCUAAAGAACAAGAAGACUCCAACUUUUGGAUCAACUCUCUUGGAUUGCAUCCAAUCUGGUCUUGAGAACCACGACUCCGGCGUUGGUAUCUAUGCUCCUGAUGCCGAAAGUUACUCAGUCUUUGCUGAACUCUUCGACCCAAUCAUCGAGGAUUACCACAAGGGAUUCAAAAAGACAGAUAAGCAUCCAGCAAGGGACUUUGGUGAUGUAAGCACCUUUGGAAAUCUUGACCCCAACAACGAAUUCGUCGUUUCUACCCGUGUCCGUUGCGGUCGCUCCAUGGAAGGCUAUCCAUUCAACCCAUGCUUGACUGAAGCCCAAUACAAGGAGAUGGAAGAUAAAGUAUCGAGCACCUUGUCCGGAUUGGAAGGCGAACUCAAGGGUAAAUUCUACCCAUUGACUGGCAUGGAAAAGGCUGUCCAACAGCAAUUGAUUGACGAUCACUUCUUGUUCAAGGAGGGCGAUCGUUUCUUGCAGGCUGCCAAUGCUUGCCGCUUCUGGCCCACUGGACGUGGUAUCUACCACAACGACAACAAGACUUUCUUGGUCUGGUGCAACGAAGAAGAUCAUCUUCGUAUCAUUUCAAUGCAAAAGGGUGGUGACCUUGGUGAGGUUUACCGUCGCUUGGUUACAGCCGUCAAUGACAUCGAAAAGAGGAUUCCAUUCAGCCAUCACGAUCGUCUUGGCUUCUUGACUUUCUGCCCAACCAACUUGGGUACCACCAUCCGUGCAUCGGUACACAUUGCUCUACCAAAAUUGGCUGCUGAUUUGAAGAAAUUGGAGGAAGUCGCUGGCAAGUACAACUUGCAAGUGCGUGGCACACGUGGUGAACACACUGAAGCCGAGGGUGGUAUCUACGAUAUCUCCAACAAGCGCCGUAUGGGUUUGACUGAAUACCAAGCCGUCAAGGAAAUGUACGACGGUAUUGCUGAACUCAUCAAGAUCGAAAAGAGCUUGUAAGAAGUGAUGUUUCGAUAUAUUAUCUACUAUUAAGUAAAAACACUCAUUCACCACCAUCAACAACGUCAACAGCAAUUGUAUCGCAAUGAAAUAAAAACUAAUAAUUUUGUUUAUUAUUAGCGUGAUGAAAAUGAUGAUAAUGCAGGAUUCAUUUCAGACAUUUUUUUAUUUCGUGUUUUCUUGAAAAUGAUUAUAUUAUAAAAUUUAACAUCCCAUACACAUUGUUACGCAUUGAACGAGAACGAAAUAAUAAAAAAAAUUAAAAAA